CGCUCCCGGGCCGGCCCCAGCGCCCCCCCCGGGCCGGCGGGCCUCGGCCGGCCCGUCCAGCGAGAAAUGAACGGCGAACGGGGCUGGUGUGUGCUGCGGGAGCGGAGGCGGGGCCGCAGCCGCCCCUCAGGCCGCAGCCCCUUGUCCCGCCCCGCGGCCCUCGCCAGUCUCGGCGCUGCCCGUUCGCGGCCGUGGAGUAAAAUAUCCUUGUAUGCCUGCGCACAGACGGGCCCAUCACCCAGGGAGCCAAGGUUCAGCUUCUCAAGUUUGAGUGGCCAGCUGAGGAGUCGCUUCACCGAGAGCUGGAAGGUGCUGGGCAAUCAAAACCGUGGCAGCAACAGAGUGGUGUAAUGUGAAGGAUGAAAUCUCUAAGUCUUUGGACCUUGAAUCAAUAACAGACUGGAAUAAACUCCAAGGGCAGGAGUCCAGCUGCUCCAGUGUGUUUCCACAUGCUCCCCUCCCAAGAGGCUUCUGUGUCAUCCCAUGGUGAGCCUGUUGUGCAGCCCAGUAGAUCUCAGUGUCAGGCCUUCUUCCUGCAGGUGGCACCAAGACUCGAACUGCCUCUGAAGUGUAAGAACUACAGCAGAAGUCAGGAUUCGUUCUCCGCGUUGACUGUGCUUUCCUGGAGGCAAUUUCAAGUCAAAUGACAGGUCGGGAUAACACCUCACAGAGCUGUAACUCACUUCUGGAGGCAGAGACAGGAGGAAACAGAACCUGCACAUUCUUGCACCAUCUGCUGGUAGCACCUCUGUCGACAGACACACCUAGAACAGAUUUUAUAAUUCCUCUCAAACCUGGAGGGAUAUGUCCACAUUUAGAGACGUGAGACCACCGCUACAAAGCUUCACGAUUCAGGGUGAAGUGACUCAUCUGCCCUAGCUCAUCAGAGGAUGGUUAACUGACGGCCCGAUUAGACCACACCAUGGAGAAGACAGAUGCAAACGGCCAGCCACCCAAACCCGAUGGGGAGCAGGAGCAGCCCCGCAGCCUCCCCUACUCCGUGGAGACGCCGUACGGCUUCCACCUGGACCUGGACUUCCUGAAGUAUGUGGAUGACAUCGAGAAGGGGCACACCAUCAGGAGGGUUCACAUCCACCGGAAAGCCAAGCAGCCGAAAUUCAGCACCCUGCCCCGAAACUUCAGCCUGCCCGAGAACGGCUCCCGGGGGUGCGUGUCCGCCCCCACCAAGAGCUGGACGGCGACCUGCUCCUUCCCCCAGCGCAAGGCGUCCCUGGGGGCGGAGGACACCCCCCGUCCCCUCCUGCCCAACGAGCUGACCCUUCCCGUGGCCGAUGAGCCGAGUUACCGGAGAAAAGCCCUUUUGGCGGAGACGUGGCGGCAGGCGGAGCUGGGGAGGCAGGAGGACGAGCUCUGGGGGCGGCCGCAGCUACUGCGAGCCUCCAGCAUGCCGGCUGCCCUGCCGCCCGGCCAGCCCCCGCCGGGGGAUGGACGGGUGCCCUCGCCCCUCCGGCCACCUCCCCAGCCCUGCCGCGAGCAGGGUGGCUCCGAAAACACGUUUCGCCCCGGCUCCGAUGGCGUCAUGUUAAAUCUUCCCCGGGAGAUGAGCUCGGAGCAAGAUGUCUCCUUGGGGCAGAAGGAGCAUCCCAGUGGAGGCAGCCCGGGGCUGGUGCAGGUGCAGCCCCUGUGGCAGAGCCAGCAUCCCGCCGUGCCGCAGCUGCAGGUGGUGAUGGAGAGCAGAGGCGAGGAGGGCGAUGCUGCCGACGCCAGCGGUCGCUCUGCCUUGGACAGGGGUGAACCAGCGUCACCGGGUGCCCUCCAGCUCGCAGAGGAGAACACAAACCCUGGGGAAGGGGAGUUAAGUGUGAGUGAAAUCACUCCGAACGUGCUGAAGGAAGCUGAGGAGGGGAGUGUCCGGGCUGGAGAGAACAAGGAGAGCUGUGGUCCUCAGCCUGGUGAUGCCGGAGAGCCCGGCGGGGUUGCCGCACUGAAGCUGCAGGUUGCUGCUCUGGAGGAGCAGCUGAGCAAGAAGAAGGAGGAACUUGAGCGGAUCAGGGCAGUGCUGGAGCAGCAGGAUCAUGAAAUCAAGGAGAAGGAGAAAAGCAUUAAGUUACUGGCCAGCUCCAAAGCUCAGCUGGAAGAGAAGCUGUGCCGGGAAACCAUGGAAGGUGCCAAGCAGAGCAGCAGGGCUUUGCAGUGCUACGAUGCCGCAGUGAACACCGACCUCUCGCAGGUAACCGGGGCCAAGCAAGCCCAUGAUAAAGGCAUCAAUGUAAAUAUCCCCAUCUCCACCAAAUCCAUAGGAUGCAGCGUCCACAGAGCAGACAACAUGAACGCGCCGGGUGCUCGGAGAGAUCAGGGACUGGCAGAGGCUUGCAGUGGUGUCGGUGGAGAGGGACCCGGACAUUUUGGUGAAGCCACCAUCGAGGCUGGCCUUCAAGCACCGUGCUUCACCCAGCUGAAGAUUGACGAGCACCUCAGCGAUGACAAUCAGAACCACAGGAAUAACUACGAUACCCAGAGUCUCGCUGCUCACGCAGUGACUGCAGAAGGCUCUCGAGGAACAAGAAUUGGUUCAAACACAGGAGAAAACAAGGCGGGCUUUGGCGAAGCUAAACCUCGAGAUGGGCUGGAAGAAGAAGGUCCCCCUGACCACGAGGAUCUCCCUGCUGUUGACCCCAUUGGCCAAUACGUAAAAAAAAUCCAGGAGCUUUUGCAGGAGCAGUGGCUGUGUUUGGAGCAUGGCUACCCCGAGCUAGCGAGCGCUAUUAAACAGCCGGCCUCCAAGCUCAGCUCCAUACAGAACCAAUUAGUUAAUUCCUUAAACUCGUUGCUGUCUGCCUACUCUACGCAAGGGCCCGCGGAUAAGGAGAAUUCGAACACACACUAUCAACAGUUGGAAAUCUCUCCAACCACAAGUCUUAAAUCUAUCAUGAAAAAGAAAGGUUAUGGUUUCCAUGCAGGAGGCAAUGGGACCAAAAAGAAUCUUCAGUUUGUUGGGGUAAAUGGUGGCUACGAAACGACUUCAAGUGAAGACACAAGUUGUGAAGACAGCCCGUCGGACGGGGAUGCGGAGAGUGAGACGGAGAGAAGAGCUGAUGAUUUGGAGCCCACGCAGGUGAAAGCUGGAGAUGAAAGCGAGGGGGCUUCGUCGGGGACCUCCUCGCAGGAGAGACAUGAGGAUGAUGACCUGCAGGAGCCAUUGGCAGAAGCAGCGCCUUGCCCUCAGCACAAGGCUGACAGAUGGAAACCCUCUGAAGAUUUCCUUGCCGACUGCCAGCUACUCAGCCAGCACCUCUCAGAACUCAGCACCACCAGCGACAAGCAUCUGCGGCACAUCCUGAGCACCGUCUGCCAGGAGUGGUUCCGGGUGUCGAGCCGCAAGUCUUCCAGCCCGGAGGUGGUCGCAGCGUAUCUCAAGGCGCUGGGGACCAUCCAGCCCCAGCUCCUGGAGAUGGUGGUGAACCUGGCUGACAGGAAUGGCAACACGGCUCUUCACUACAGCGUUUCCCACUCCAACUUCCCAAUUGCAAAGCUCCUGCUGGACACAGGUGUGUGCCGCCUGGACCUGCAGAACCGCGCUGGCUACACGGCGGUGAUGCUCACCCCGCUGGCAGCUGCCGAGACGGGCGAGGACAUGGAGGUGGUGAUGAAGCUGCUGAAGGAGGGGGACGUCAACCUGCGAGCCGCCCAGGGAGGCCAGACCGCCCUGAUGCUGGGGGUCAGCCACGAGCGGGACGACAUGGUGCGAGCCCUCCUCUCCUGCCAGGCCGACGUCAACCUGCAGGACGAGGAGGGGACGACGGCCCUGAUGGUGGCCUGCCGGCUUGGCAACGCCGACAUCGUCCGGCUCCUCUUGGCCCAGCCCGGCUGCCAGGUCGCGUUGACGGACAAGGGUGGUAACUCGGCCCUGUCGCUGGCCCAGCGCGCUGCCCGGGGGGACAUCGCCGCGCUCCUGCAAGCCCACGCCAAGCAGAGCCCGUCCCUCUCGGCGUGACCGAGGGGGAGGAGGAACCGGGACGGGGAGCAGGGAACAAACAGCUCCUUCUUGUACAGCCCUCUGGGCGGCUGGGGCCAAUAUCACAGGUUUCCGUACAUACGGGGGGCUGAACCCUGUCAGUUAUCUGCAGACAUUCCCCAUGGCUAAUUCUCCUCAUUAAGCCUGCUUACACCCCCCUAAUCCACGCACAUUGCCACCAAUGACUCCGAGCUCUCCUAUACGCUCAUCCUCGUAUAGAUUUGGCAGGUGAGCCGCCGAAACGAAGGAGAAAAGCACAUUAGAAAAGCAAUACUUAGUCUUUUGUAACCUUAUAUUAUGGUUGUCCUUUUAAUUGACUACUUAACUAUAGCUCAUUUAACUUGUAAGUUUGUGGCCUAAUAUUUAUUAUUAGCUCCUUUGUACGUAGCGGCAGGCAGCGAUUAUUCGGUAUAUGUAACAACAAACACAAGCUGGAUGGAUUAUGUAAAGUAUAAAAUCCUAUUUGUGUUUGCUUAUGUGGGUCUGAUGUAAGAAUUAAAAAUUAACGCUCUAGGAAAAUAUUUGAGUAUACCAGACCCAAACGCACAGACAUUGUUUUGCCUCUAUUCAGAAUUACCAUAUGGCUCUUAUUUUUUUCUAAUUAAGUUUGAGCUAACGGGGAAGCUCAGCCCAUUGACAUGCACCGUGCAUCCACGCGUACGCCGCUCAGGCACAGCGGGGCCCAUCGGGUUCUCCCGAGCACGACACGAGAAGAUCACAACAGUUCCCAUCCCAGGAUGGGCUAACGUUGUCCCAAGAGUUUCGUGGCGCGACUUUGCUGCCAGAUGCUUUUUGGGCAAGUACCUGCUCUCUGCUUUCCCCCGUGCUCAACUUCGAGAUGCCCAAACGGCUCCCAGGUAAAGCCGUGCCAUGAUUUAGCUGCUGGAGUCGGCCGGUGCCAGGGCCUCCCCCACAGGGUUGGUUCAGCAUCGGCUCAAGUCCUACACGGGGCAGAGUUUUUUUCUCUUUAAUCCCUCUGCUGCUGCCAAAGAGGGAGGGAGGGCACCUUUACGCUGACAUUAAAUCGCCGUGUACCAAGAGAAGCCAUUUCCUGAGGCUGUGCUGCAUCUCUGUAGGCUUUCGUGGACUUGGAUGCCAUCACCAGUUGAGCUGAUGUGUGGUCAUAUAUGACCAGGUCAUACGAGGAGAGGCUGAGGGAGCUGGGCAUGUUUAGCUUGGAGAAGAGGAGGCUGAGGGGAGACCUCAUUGCCCUCCACAACUCCCUGAAAGGAGGGUGGAGAGAGGGGGGUGUUGGCCUCUUCUCCCAGGUGAAGAAUGACAGGACCAGAGGAAAUGGGCUGAAGCUGCGGCAGGGGAGGUUUAGGUUAGAUAUUAGGAGGAAUGACUUUACUGAAAGAGUGGUCAGGCCCUGGAACAGCCUGCCCAGGGAGGGGGUUGAGUCACCAUCCCUAGAGGUGUUUAAGAAACGUCCAGAUGUGGCACUUCAGGGCAUGCUCUGGUGGCAGAGGGCAGAGAUUGUAGGUUGUUUGGUUGGACUCGAUGAUCUUAAGGGUCCUUUCCAACCAUGAAGAUUCUGUGAUUCUGCGGUAACAUCGUAAACGCAGAGCUACUUGCCAUCACUAAAAGCAAAUCUCCCUUGUUCACUAAUUGCUGUUGUGUGUUUGUUACUAAGCAGAAGUUAAUCCUGGGCUACUUUGGUUGCUUGUAUGUCAGUUCCCACCAUGAUGGUGUCUCUUGACCUGCCUUUUCCCCUUCCUUUGUACUUGCAAUACGUGGCAAAGCCCUUUCCGAGACCCCCUGUCCUCGGCUCGGGAACACUUGCUGCCCUGCGGGAAGGGGAGGGCAGCCCCCGCCUCCUGUUUUCCACUGAAAUCUGCUGCCUGCCUCCGGUUUCUUUCCUUUCUUCAUGUUAUUAUUUGGAAGCCCUCACCAUCUCAAAUGUCUGAAAUGUCUAGCUGCCUUUUUUUUUUGUUUGU